AUGAACUUUAUGGACCCCACCUGUUCAAAUAGAAGAUGUGGAGUCCGCAGUAGCAGGAAUCGAGCUAGGGAGCGCAGCCUGUAUUCCAUAUUCAUCAUGGCGAGUUCAGAAGCCGCUCCAGCACCGGCAGCCUCCGCGGCGACGCACAAGGGGUGCACCAAAGACUGUUGUGCUAAUGAUGCCCCAGGGUGCAGUAUGAGUGAGACCAACAGCUUCAAGGCAGCGGACACUGUCAUUGACUUGGCACCAACGAUGAAGGAAAAGCCCAACCCAUCAAAUCUAGUGUUCGGAACAGUCUUUACUGACCACAUGCUCACAAUCGAAUGGACAUGCUCUGGAGGGUGGCAGAAACCUCACAUCCGGCCGUUCCAGAACCUGUCUCUGCACCCAGCGUCCUCCAGUUUACAUUACGCUGUGGAAUUAUUUGAAGGUUUGAAAGCCUACAGGGGACCUGAUAAUAAUAUUCGACUCUUCAGGCCACUGCUGAACAUGGAGAGAAUGCUGAAAUCUGCUCAAAGAGCAUGCUUACCUAGCUUUGAGAAGGAGGAGCUGCUGGAGUGCAUCAGGAAGCUUGUUGAAAUCGAUAAGGAGUGGGUGCCUUAUUCUGAUUCUGAUAGCCUCUACGUCCGCCCGACCUUCAUUGGAACUGAGCCUUCACUGGGUGUAAAGAAACCUUCUAAAGCCCUGCUGUAUGUGAUCCUCUGUCCGGUUGGACCUUACUUUUCAACUGGGAGUUUUAACCCUGUGUCCUUGUGGGCGGAUCCAACAUACAUCCGAGCCUGGAAAGGAGGGACUGGAGACUGCAAAAUGGGAGGGAAUUAUGGCGCUUCCCUGUACGCGCAGUAUGAAGCAAUGGAACGUGGAUGCCAGCAAGUCCUCUGGCUUUAUGGAGAGGACCAUCAGAUAACUGAAGUGGGAACCAUGAACCUCUUUCUUUACUGGAUAAAUGAGAAUGGAGAGGAAGAGCUGGCGACUCCACCAUUGGACGGGGUCAUUUUACCUGGUGUUACUCGACAGAGUAUUAUUGAGCUCUGCCAAAAGUGGGGCGAAUUUAAAGUGUCAGAGCGUUACCUAACCAUGGCAGACCUGUUGACUGCUCUGAGAGAGGAGCGAGUGAAGGAGAUGUUCGGCUCUGGAACGGCCUGUGUAGUGUGCCCAGUGGGACGCAUACUGUACCAGGAAGAAAAUUUGCAUAUCCCUACUAUGGAUAAUGGACCAAAGUUGGCAACAAGAAUACUGAAGCAGCUCACAGACAUCCAAUAUGGUAGAGUUCCGAGUGACUGGACAAACAUGGUGUAGUGAAGAUGGAGGAGGCUGGGCUGAGUUCUCUCACACGUGUACUGUAUGCACUUCUGCUGAGCACAGUGCUGAAACAUUCAGCCAAAAGCACAAUGCUACAUACUACACACAGUAGGGUAGUUUUGUUAACUUUAACCUGAAAAUACAGUGGAUUUCCUCAAAGUGAUGUUACAGUAGAUGUAGUUUGGUAUAUAAUAGUUGUAACAUGAAGGCCAUAUGCAGUUCCUCCAAUUUUACCUGUUUAAGACACAUGUAGAAUGAGAUUACCUGGUGAAACUGAUUAAAAGUAGAUUUAACAUGAAACAAAAUCAAAAACGAAAUCUGAAAAGUAUCAUGGGUAAAAGGAAUAAGUGCUGAGAAUCAGUUUACAUUUUUUGUAGAGUAUCAGACAUCUUGUGUAUCAUAAAAGUUUAUAACAAUAAGUAAUAAUUUUAUUCUGCCAGAAUUCUGUGUACUUGUUUCAUCCCUGGUCUUAGGCAGUGGGGAGCCAGUUAAGUAAAGGCUCUUCUAAAGAUGGAUUUGAAGGAGUUUAGAGAAGGUGACUCUCUGAUAUCCUUGGGC